ACUCGGCCGAGUCCGGCCCAUCCCAGCCUAAACCGAGUUAUUAAUUCCCGAGAGUCGAACGCAAACAAAAAACCACAAAACCUUUUUCUCCUCCACCUUCCACCUUUCCCACUCUAACUUUCUCUUCUCCCCUGCCUAAACGAAUCGUAGCUCUUGGAGAUGGGUUUCAAUGCGGUUUUUGGCUGCUUAAAGGAAGUUUUUCCACAGGUUGAUUUUCGCAUUCUGAGGGCUAUUGCUAUUGAACAUCCCUUUGAUGCCGAUGCAGCUGUCCUCGAUGUUCUUAGUGAGUUCCCUAACUUGGCUACACAAUCGUUUUUGGCUGUCAGUCCUGUGCAGGUUCAGAGUUCUGGGACUCCACCGGUACAAGCAGCUCAACAGAAGGAGAAGGGUAAACUAUUGAUGCACCAGCAGGUAAUUAAGGAAUCAGGGGUUCCAGAACCUGGACCGGCAGCUGGUGAUGAUCACACAAGUGGUUCCUCUCAUGGCAACCCCACGCUGGUGAAGCAAGUGGACUCAUUGCAGAAUGGUCCUGUUCAAUCAGAUGCGGAUACAAGUACUGGAAGUGAAGCAGUGAUUUCUGAUGUAAAGGGUAUGAAUUUUGAUGUCCAAGUUGGGCAGCAGCAGUCUGCAUCUGGCAUGACGAGUCUUUCAAUGCCUGAAAAAGAUGCAGUAAAUGGCACCUUGGUUGAUGUGCUUCCUAAGUGGAAAAGUUUUUAUUUCCCUGUGAAUUGUGAUUACGAAUCGGUUCUCCAUGAAACACGUGAUAAAGUAGAAUCAUUUGCGGUUGAUUCUUCUUUCCCAGAACAUGCACCCAAUGCUCCACAGUGUGACAUUCCUCCAGAGUUUAGUUCAGGCCCUCUUCUUGCUGAUGAUGAAGUAGAAUCAUUUGCAGUUGAUUCUUCUUUCCCAGAACAUGCACCCAAUGCUCCACAGUGUGACAUUCCUCCAGAGCAUGCACCCAAUGCUCCACAGUGUGACAUUCCUCCAGAGUUUAGUUCAGGCCCUCUUCUUGCUGAUGAUGAAGUAGAAUCAUUGGCAGUUGAUUCUUCUUUCCCAGAACAUGCACCCAAUGCUCCACAGUGUGACAUUCGUCCAGAGUUUAGUUCAGGCCCUCUUCUUGCUGAUGACAACUUACAGGCAUCUGGUCCUUUGGAUCAUACUUCUGAGAAAGACUGUUCUCCAAGGGAAAUGGUUGAUAAUGACAUUGAGGAGACCGCCACAAACAGCGUAUGCAAUAUUGAUGUUCUGGAAGAGAUCAUUGAAGAUUCUAAACAUAACAAGAAAACCCUGUUUUCAGCCAUGGAAUCGGUCAUCAGCAUGAUGAGAGAAGUGGAGGUCCAGGAGAAAGCGGUGGAUAUUGUUCAAGAGGAAGCUUCUAGGGGAGGUUUGGAUAUCAUGGUCAAGGUGGAGGAGCUUAAACAGAUGUUGGCACAUGCAAAAGACGCAAAUGACAUGCAUGCUGGAGAAGUCUUUGGGGAGAAAGCAAUUUUAGCAACUGAAGCGAGGGAGCUUCAGUCUCGAUUGCUCAACUUAUCAGAUGAGAGAGAUAAAUCACUUGCGAUUCUUAAUGAGAUGCGUGGAACCCUUGAGGAACGGCUAGAUGCGGCAGCGGAGGCAAGGAGACUGGCCGAGCAGGACAAGCUAGAAAAGGAAGAAUGUGCCCGGAAAGCUCUUGCUGAACAAGAAGCGGAGAUGGAGAAAGUUGUUCAGGAGUCGAAAAUAUUGCAACAACAGGCGGAGGAAAAUUCGAAGUUACGGGAGUUUCUGAUGGAUCGUGGCCGCAUUGUUGAUAUGCUACAAGGAGAAAUUUCUGUUAUUUGUCACGAUGUCAGGCUUCUGAAAGAGAAGUUUGAUGAGCGGGUUCCGCUAAGCGAGUCAGUAUCCUCGAGCCAGACGAGCUGCAUCCUAGCUUCUUCAGGCUCAUCCAUGAAAAGCGUGGCAUUCGAUUUAGUUCCAGAACGACUUGAGUUACCAAAGUCGCCAGAGAAGGCAAGCCCCGCUCCUUCAGUUGACGGCCUAUCACCAAAAAGCAUACUCGAACGGGAAAGAACCAAGGCCGAUCAAAAGGAACUUAUCGACGGUGGAUGGGAUGUCGUCUUCGACGAAGAAUUGGAUGUCUAAGCCUUCUACUGCGUAUCAUAUGCCGUGAAUAUGAACAGGAUCAACUUCGAAGACGGAUGCAAUUUUUGUUUCAAAUUAAGGAGGAUUUAUAUUUUGCUAUAGCCUGCAAGUAUUUAUAUGAUUUUGUAUAGUGGAGAUUUAAAACAAGGACAAGGAUUGUCUGCCCUUCACUUCCGGUGACCUCCCCGUGCCCUUCUAUUUUGUGUGGUCACGAUUAAGCCAUGUCAAUAUUUUAUAUUACUAUUUAUUUUUGUCUUAUUAUAUCUAUAAAAAAAAUAAUAUAAAAUGUUGACGUGACUUAACCGUGACCAUACAAACAGGAAGGCACGAGGAAGGCAUCGGAAGUGGAGGGCAGACAAUCCUUGUCCUCAAAACAAUCAUAAUUUGGACUUGAUGAGUUUAUUAGAAUAUUAUAUAUGUACACAUAUUUUAUUCCUGACAGUGAAAUGUUCCUGGGCCUGUUGACGGCCAAUACUGGAAUGAUUUUAUC